CAUCCACGAUUGGUCCGCCCCAAGGGUAAACUUAAAGCUGUUAGCUGCAGGAAAUUGAACCAAAGAAUUCCUGUGACCAUGAAGCUUUUUAGCGGAGAUCCGCGACUGGUCUGUGAGCUUGCGUUUCGACCCCUGGCUUUAGUUUUUUUGAGCGUUCUUGGGGCCAAAGCACUGGACAAUGGCUUGGCGCGUACUCCUACUAUGGGCUGGCUGCACUGGGAACGGUUCAUGUGCAACCUCGACUGCCAAGAAGAGCCUGAUUCCUGCAUCAGCGAGCAGCUGUUCAUGCAGAUGGCAGAGCUCAUGGCCUCUGAUGGCUGGAAGGACGCAGGUUAUGAAUACCUCUGCAUAGAUGACUGCUGGAUGGCUCCCGAAAGGGACUCAAAGGGCCGCCUUCAGGCAGAUCCCCAGCGCUUUCCUAGUGGGAUCAAACACCUAGCUAAUUAUGUCCACAGCAAAGGGUUGAAGCUAGGAAUUUAUGCAGAUGUUGGGAAUAAAACCUGUGCAGGUUUCCCUGGGAGUUUUGGAUACUAUGACAUUGAUGCCCAGACAUUUGCUGACUGGGGCAUCGAUCUGCUAAAAUUUGAUGGUUGUCACUGUGACAGUGUGACAUCCUUGGCGGAUGGUUAUAAGUACAUGUCCUUGGCCUUGAACAGGACUGGGAGAAGCAUUGUGUACUCCUGUGAGUGGCCUCUUUAUAUGAGACCUUUUCAUAAGCCCAAUUAUACAGAUAUCCAAUAUUAUUGCAAUCACUGGAGAAAUUUUGAUGAUGUUUAUGAUUCCUGGGAAAGCAUAAAGAAUAUCUUGACCUGGACAACAACUAACCAGAAGGAGAUUGUUGAAGUCGCUGGACCAGGGGGUUGGAAUGACCCAGACAUGUUAGUGAUUGGCAACUUUGGCCUCAGUUGGGACCAGCAGGUAACUCAGAUGGCCCUCUGGGCUAUCAUGGCAGCGCCUCUACUCAUGUCCAAUGAUCUCCGACAAAUCAGUUCUCAAGCCAAAGCUCUACUGCAGAAUGAGGAUGUAAUUGCCAUCAACCAAGACCCCUUGGGCAAGCAGGGGUACUGUUUUAGAAAGGAAGACAACAUUGAGGUUUGGGAAAAACCACUCUCAAACUUAGCCUGGGCUGUAGCUGUGAGAAACCUGCAGGAAAUCGGUGGACCUCGUUCUUACACCAUCCAGGUUUCUUCUCUAGGUCAUGGAAUAGCCUGCAAUCCUGGCUGCAUCAUCACACAGCUCCUCCCUGUGAAAGAGCAGCUAGGCUUCUAUGAAUGGACUUUAACCUUAAAAACGCGAAUCAAUCCCUCAGGCACUGUUCUGCUUCGGCUAGACUAUGUCUGAAGGCAGAGAUGUACAUUAAAUGGUCUGUGUUACUAAGGACCAAACUAUUCCCUGCCUCUUUCCUGUGUUCCCUUUAAUAAAGUAUCUCAAAGUCAUGCCCUUUAAAA